AUGUUCCAUUUGGCCACCUGUGGUCACACCACCAGAAACAUCAUGGCUUCAAAUUUCUUUGUUUCUUCAGCAAUGAAAGGAGGAUCAACCAAACUCGUGUCAGCAACAAUCCACAAAUGUUUUGUAAAAUCAUCAUCAAUAGGUCCAAGUGUUGAUGAUCCAUUCCAUGGAAUGUACAACAGUGCUAUUGUCAGAAACUUUCAUCAAACUCUCAACCUUUCAGGAUUAAUUUCUCGGGAUCAUGUUCGGGCGUUUGAAGAAAUAUUUGCUCAAGACAAAUCCACUCAUAAAAAGGGUGGAGAAGUAUUGUACAGUCCUGAUUCUAUUGAUUUAGCGUUCAACGCUGAUUGGACUGGCCAAUAUAGAGGAUCAUCGGAAUUAGUAUUGCGACCAAGAACCACUCAACAAGUUUCUAAAAUUGUUCAAUAUUGUAAUGAAAAUAAUAUUGCAAUUGUUCCUCAAGGAGGAAACACUGGACUUGUCGGAGCUGGUGUUCCUGUUGACCCCACAAUUGAACCAAGACCUCAAGUAAUUAUAAGUACUAAUUUAAUGAAUGAAAUAAUAUCAUUCAAUGAACGAAGCGGAACUCUAGUUUGUCAAUCAGGAUGUAUUUUGGAACAACUUAAUCUCUUUCUGAAUGAAAAGGGAUAUCAAAUGCCCUUAGAUUUAGCAGCAAAAGGAAGUUGUCAAAUUGGUGGAAAUAUAGCAACAGGAGCUGGAGGCAUUAGAUUUAUCAGAUUUGGAUCUUUACAUUCAAAUUUACUUGGAUUAGAAUGUGUUUUGCCUGACGGAUCUAUUAUGGAUAACAUUAAAGAAAUAAGAAAGGAUAACACUGGCUACCAUUUGUCACAUUUACUUGUUGGAAGUGAAGGUACUUUAGGAAUUAUCACAAAGGUGAGCCUCCAAGUGGCCAUUAAACCAAAAUCCGUCAAUGUUGCACUUAUUGCAGUAGAUUCUUUUGAAAAGAUUCAACAAUUAAUUUAUAUGGCCAAAAAAGAAUUGGGUGAAAUUCUUUCAGCAGUUGAGUUUGUCGAUAAGGAUAGCAUGAAAUUAGUCAUGAAACAUCACAAAGAUACAUUGGGUGCUCCACCAGUGGAAGGAGAAUACCCAUUCUACAUGGUGAUUGAAACUCAAGGUAGUUCACGAGAGCAUGAUGAAGAAAAAUUGAACAUGUUUUUUGCAAAAGCGUUGGAAGAAGGCGUGGCCUCUGAUGGAAGUUUGGCUUUUGAUGAGAAGCAAUAUUAUUAUUUGUGGAAGUUUAGAGAAUUGGUUUCAGAGUCUCUUAAAAAGGAUGGUUACGUUUACAAGUAUGACAUUUCAAUUCCUCUCUCAAAAAUGUAUGAUAUUGUAUUGGAUAUGAAGGAGAGAAUGAAAAUAUUCCCUCAAGCUAAGGUGUUUAGCUUUGGACAUUUAGGUGACGAAAAUUUACAUCUCAAUAUCACUUCACCAACAUUUGACCAAAAAAUUAAGGACACCAUUGAGCCCUACGUGUAUGAAUGGACAAGCAAACACAGGGGAAGCGUUUCUGCUGAGCAUGGAAUUGGUAUGCUUAAAAAGAAGUAUUUACAUUAUUCUCAAUGUGACGUGUCAAUCAAUUUGAUGAAAUCCUUGAAGAAAACCUUAGAUCCAAAAAACAUUAUGAAUCCUCACAAGAUCUUGUAG